CCGAGAUACUAAUAUUUGUACCGUGGCAUUGUUCGGGGCAAACAAAUGAUAUAACCAUCCGAAGCAGCAGACAGACAGGAGGAGAAGAGAGGGUUGCAAUUGGCAAAGGGCAAUGGCAGCCCCAAUGAGGUCGGUGGUAACGGUUGGAAGCUCGCUGACGCUAGAAGAGGCCAAGAAGCGCGCCUUAGAUCUCUAUAGGCAGGCGUGCCGUGCCCUUCCCCAGAUUGUUGAAAUAUAUAACCUUUCUGAGAUCAUCACAACUUCCCAAUUACGUUCAGCUAUCUCAUCCCAGUUCCGCAAGCACACAAAUGUAACCAAUCCAAAGGUUAUUGACAUGCUUGUUUUCAAAGGUGAUGAAGAACUCAGAAACUGUCUUGAGCAUGCCAAGCAGCGGCAUCACAUCAUUGGUCAAUAUGUUGUUGGUCAAGAAGGGCAGAUACCUUUAAAGAUAGGUGUUAUUGACGACUACAGCGACUCGGAAUUUCUCAAGAAAUUCUAUGAUAGCAAUAACUUCUAAGCUAAAGAAUAACAGCAAGGUUCGAUUAAAUUUGCAAAUAUUGAUUGUUUGAAUAUUCCUAUGCAGGCACUUUUAUGAAGUUUGACGAUGCUGCCCAUUUAAAUGGUUCAAUAUGUAGAGUGUGAUCUCUAUGUGCAUCAUUUGUUUUUCUUACGUUUUUAUGAUCACUGUGAAAUGCAAAGACUCUGGAAAACAAGUAAUAAGCUGAAGUUUGAUUCUAAAAAAUGUAAGAUACAUCUUUUUUCA